UACUGUUUUUUUUUGUAUUCAUCAUGAGAUAACAUAAUUUUUGUCAAUAUCAUAUAUAUUAAGAUCACUUGACAGUUUUUUUAAUUACUUCAAUUUAUAUCGCAGCCAUAAAUAGAUGAUUCGACGAUUUUUCGCCACAACUGCCAACAUGGUAAAAGCAAGAACUUGGGUAAAAGCAAACGAAUGGAAUGGACUUCCGAAAAUAGCUGAUUUUAAGCUGGUUGAAGAGGAACUUCCAGCACUUAAACCCAACGAAGUACUGGUAGAAAGUGAAUUUUUGUCUGUGGAUCCAUAUCAAUGGGCUUACAAAGUAAAUCCCGGUUCCGUAAUGAUUGGCGGUCAAGUAGGCAAGGUCAUGGAAUCCAAAAACGAUAAUUUUCCCGUUGGAUCUUUCGUUUACGGUCACUUUGGAUGGCGUUCACAUACAGUCUUUACACCUGACGCGAGUGGCGGCAGCUUUGGAGAUGCUUAUGCGCUACCAGAUUUCAAAUCAUUGCCACGUUCCUUGGCCCUCGGAGUCUUGGGAAUGCCGGGAAAUACCGCUUACUUCGGAUUUCUCGAGAUUUGCGGCCCCGUAAAAUCGGGAGAGACAUUAGUGGUGAAUGCCGCUGCCGGUGCUGUUGGCAGUCUAGUCGGUCAAAUUGGAAAGUUGAAGGGCAUGAAGGUAAUCGGCAUUGCAGGAUCCGAUAAAAAGUGUCAGUGGCUCACAAAUGAACUCGGAUUUGAUCAUGCAAUCAACUACAAGACGCAAGAUGUGAAGAAGGAGUUGGCCCGAGUAGCCGAUAAGGGCAUCGACUGUUUCUUCGACAACGUUGGCGGAGAACAGGCCAGUUGGGUCAUUAAUUUGAUGAAUGAUCGUGGUCGUAUCUCGGUUUGCGGAUCCAUUUCUACAUAUGACAACAUUACUACGGGUACCGUAACAAAAGUGCCAGCGCCACAACCGAUGUUUGUCUUCAAACAGCUCAAAAUGGAAGGAUUUGUAGUAACUCGUUGGUCCGACCGCUGGAUGGAGGGCAUUCAUCAGAUGGGAGAAUGGGUGAAAGAAGGCAAAAUUAAGUACCACGAAACAGUAACGGAAGGUUUCGACAACAUGCCAAAAGCAUUUGUAGCCAUGUUGACUGGAGACAGCACUGGCAAAGCUGUUGUUAAAGCAUAGAAAAUAUUAUUGCAUUUUUUUAAACAAAUCUUUAAAAAUAAAAUUUCAAAGAUACAAAAAACCAG